GGUUAGCCCGCCGCUGGUUGUGUUUUCGAUGGCUUGAAUGUGGUAUCCAACAUUGUUUGCUGGGUGCUGGCUUUGGGCAAGCCACGCUUGCUGAACAGCAAACUGAAGCUUGCCUGAACAGCUCUGCGGGUGCAGAGAUGUGCAGAGGCUACUUGUUUUUGGGGAUUUGUCGCCCGAACCAGCAGACCCCCAAGAGACCACUGCACUGGAGUCCCAAGUCGCCGCUGUUUGUGCCUGCGCUAUGCGAUUUGCGGGUGCCUUCCUUUGUGCGAGCACACAGGUUCUGUUUCGUCUUGGUGAAGUGAGCUGGCUUGCCCAAGUUGCUGCUGUCGGUUCUUGAGCUGUGAGCCGGAGCAACAGUUGUCCCCUACAGAAGCAAAGUUCAGGCGGCGGCUUGCGCUGUUCAAGCGCUCAAGUUGUGUUUUGCAUGUAUGGCUUGAACUGAGCUGCCAAGUUGGACGCGACUUUGGCUAGAAGAGCCGACUGGUUCUCGACGCAGAUGAGCAGUUGUGCAAGAAGGCAUGCUGACUGGAGCACGCCAUGUGCCUCAGCUUGUGCCUUUCCAGCCUUGCCAUUUGCAUGCAACCGCGCCCCGAAAUGUUGUUCAAGUUAUUUGCUUGGCCUGUCUUUCACGUGGCUUGGGCACAGCGUAAGUAUGGCCAAGGCUGCUUCGACACGUGAGCCUGCCUGUUGGCAUUCAGGUAGCAGAGGAUUCGUGGCGUACAGAAGUGGGAGAUAAUCAGAAGCGGCCAAACAGCGGCAUUGCGUCAGAUCAGGUCGUUUUGCAGCAAACGGGAGCCAAAGGCCAUGUUUUCACUUGUGUUGCCCUGGCAAGACCAGAUCAUGUGCGCAGACUGUUUACCCUGAUGUGCUUUCAAUCUCCCAUGGCUGUUGCUUCCAACGUAUGGCUCUCUCUUUCGCACGUUUUGAACGUUGCUAGCACGCAGACUUGCUCACGCAAAAGACUGCAUUGGCGUUGUCAAGUUCGAUGAAUUGUCGCUUGGGAGUUUUUUGCUAGGUAGCCACCGCGAUGCCCCACAAUUCCUAACGAUUGUUCAGCAUGCUUGACUGCCACAUGCAGCUUGUUGCUAGAGAGGGUUAGCCCGCCGCUGGUUGUGUUUUCGAUGGCUUGAAUGUGGUAUCCAACAUUGUUUGCUGGGUGCUGGCUUUGGGCAAGCCACGCUUGCUGAACAGCAAACUGAAGCUUGCCUGCACAGCUCUGCGGGUGCAGAGAUGUGCAGAGGCUACUUGUUUUUGGAGAUUUGUCGCCGAACCAGCAGACCCCCAAGAGACCACUGCACUGGAGUCCCAAGUCGCCGCUGUUUGUGCCUGCGCUAUGCGAUUUGCGGGUGCCUUCCUUUGUGCGAGCACACAGGUUCUGUUUCGUCUUGGUGAAGUGAGCUGGCUUGCCCAAGUUGCUGCUGUCGGUUCUUGAGCUGUGAGCCGGAGCAACAGUUGUCCCCUACAGAAGCAAAGUUCAGGCGGCGGCUUGCGCUGUUCAAGCGCUCAAGUUGUGUUUUGCAUGUGUUGCUGGAACUGAGCUGCCAAGUUGGACGCGACUAUGGCUAGAAGAGCCGACUGGUUCUCGACGCAGAUGAGCAGUUGUGCAAGAAGGCAUGCUGACUGGAGCACGCCAUGUGCCUCAGCCUGUGCCCUUCGAGCCUUGCCGUUUGCAUGCAACCGCACCCAGGAAUUUAGUUAAUGUGGCUUGGGCACAGGUCACCGUAAGUACGACCAAGGAUGCUUCGACGCAUGAGCCUGCCUGUUGUCAUUCAGGUAGCCGAGGAUUCGUGGCGUACAGGAGUGGGAGAUAAUCAGAAGCGGCCAAACAGCGGCAUUGCGUCAGAUCAGGUGGGGUUGCAGCACACAGGAGCCAAAGGCUAUGUUUUCACUUGUGUUGCCCUGGCAACGCCGGAUCAUGUUCGCAGACUGUUUACCCUGAUGUGCUUUCAAUGUCCCAUGGCUGUUGCUUUCAACGCAUGGCUCCCUCCCGGCUCUUCAGUGGUUGUCCCACUUUGCGCGCGCAGGCGAUUGGGCUUUGUCGCGCGUGAAUGCGUAAAGUGCCCGCUACAUCUCAAGACGUUGUCUGAACUGUCAGCUCGAGCAGUGGUUCACCACGGCACAUUGCGGGCGGUUGACCUGUAACAAGGAGCGACGAAUGUUAGCUGGCAUGUGCUUGGCGUUAGUGGAUAUCCGCCCUGCGCAUCAAGGUGCACGUGCACCAGAGCGUUUAGGUUUCGUAUGUCCUCAAUGCGGCUUGCAGAUAGCUGUCUGCGACGGGUCUUCGUGUUGGUUCAUGUCUGGUGUGUCACUUGAGUGGCGGUUGUUUUCCCCCGCUCAAGCAAGCAUGUCUAGAGGUGGACAUACGAACAAACAAGCUCCUGCCUCUCCUGCCUUUCCAUCAGCGUGCAACCUUUGCUGCCCUGGCAACGCCGGAUUUGCAAUGUCCCAUGCCUUCUGCUUCUGACGCUUUCAGGUUUGGGUGCGCGCCGGUAGAUUUGUUUGCUUUGCGGGUGCCGAUGCUUAGGCUUUGAGCUGCCCAAAGCGCCCGCACCGGUGUGUGGUUCAGGGCUCUUCUUGCGAGUCCGUGACCGGCAGGCGGUGACAAGAUGUUCACAAUGGACCUGGGCCGCGGACAUGAUGAGCGUAUGCUGCCAGAGCAUCUAGCUUGGGUAUAUAUGGGAGUCGUUCUAAAGGUCCUUGUAAGGAAUUUAGUAUUCGGUGACCAUCGGUGUUGGUUGAGGUAGCUCCGAAUUUAGAACAACCACCAUAUCCUCGCGGCUUGCAGGUAGACGUUGGUUACACAGAAGCACCCCACGUGCCAAGCACGGUCUGCCAACCCCACGUGAUCCCUCUGGGGCGGUUGAGCGUCGAGCCACCCCAUGGGCUACCUGUGUUGAUGAGGAUAGCCAGAGGAUGAGGGCUACGAGGGCAUUUUGCCCGUCGCAAGUUGUUGUGUAGGCAAAUUAGUUUCGGCAGACAGCCGCGGCUGUCAUAUACAAGAGGCGGCAGCUUCGAGGGGCAUUAUUUUUGAGGCGGCAGCUUUUCUUUCACUGCCAUUUUUGAGGAAGUUGCGUCUGACUGCUCUUGAAAUGCUUUCAUGGCUGCUGCGCUGGCAUAGAAUCGUCUCACAGCACGCGUGGUCUGGACGAUCGAUCAGCCCAACAAGCUUCCUUUUCUUGCGCUUUUUCCGCCAGCAUCCCAACUUCUAGGCGCUCAGCUUGCCCACUCGCGAUAGCAUGACAUAGGGGGCGCAAAUCCGUCCAAAUCCUUCACCCAAGCAGGCUGCAUCAACAAAACUCACAGGCCACGUCGGUGCAGUAUUGGAAGCAUUAACUGACCGCAUGAACAUCUUUGCAAACAACUGUGAGAACCUAAGCCCAACCCAUGCUUAACUUGAACCAUGUUGGCUGCAAACCUGGUUCUGAACCAUGUUGCGUUUCUGCUUGGGAAGCACUUCACAUUGAAUUUGGAACGCCCAGACUGGAGCCAGUUGGCAUCCCAUUCAGAGACGGCCUGACAAACUGAAGCUUGCUUGGUGCGCUCUGCGGGCACAGAGAUGCGCAGAGGCUACGUGUUUGUUUGAAUUUCUCGCCCGAACCAGCAGAUCCCCAAGAGACCACUGCACACGGAGUCCCAAGUCGCCGCUGUCAGUGCCUGCGCUAUGCGAAGUGCGGGUGCCUUCCUUUGUGUGAGUAUAAAGGUUCUGUUUUGUUUUGGUGAAGUGAGCUGACUUGCCAUGUCAGGCGCGAUGCUUUCCCAAGUUGCGGUCGGUUCCUGAGCUGUGAGCCGGAGCAACAGUUGUCCCCUACAAAAGCAAAGUUCAGGCGACGUCUUGCACUGUGCAAUCGCUCAAGUUGUGUUUUGCAUUUGUUGCUUAAACUGAGCCAAGAUGGACGCGACUUUGUCUAGACUGGUUCUCGAAGCAAAUGAGCAGUUGUGCAAGAAGGCAUGCUGACUGGAGCACGCCAUGUGCCUCGGCUUGUGCCUUUCCGGACUUGCCAUUUGCAUGCAACACCCCGAAAUUUAGUUCAGGUAGCUGAGGAUUCGUGGCGUACAGGAGCGGGAGAUGAUCAGAUUCGACCGAAAAGCGGCAUUGCGUCAGAUCAGGUGGUUUUAAGCAGCACACGGGAGCCCAAGGCCGUGUUUUCACUUGUGUUGCCCUGGCAACGCCGGAUCAUGUUCGCAAACUAUUUACCAUGAUGUGCUUUCAAUGUCCCAUGACUUUUCUUCCAACGUAUGGCUCUCUCCUUCGCACGGUUUGAACAUUGCUAGCCCGCAGACUUGCUCACGCAAAAGACUGCUUUGGCGUUGUCAAGUUCGGUAGAUUGGCUCUUGGGCAGACAGCCAGGCGUUGGGGGCUGUUUGAUUGGUAGUCAGCGCGUUGCCCCACAAGUGCCCAACGAGUGUCCAGCGUGCUUGACUGCCACAUUCAGCUUGUUGCUAGAGGGGGUUAGCCGGCCGCUGGUUGUGUUUUCGAUGGCUUGAAUGUGGUAUCCAACAUUGUUUGCUGGGUGCUGGCUUUGGGCAAGCCACGCUUGCUGACCACCAAACGCCCGCAGAGGUGCGCAGAGGCCACGUGGUUUUUGAUCUGUCGCCCGAACCAGCAGAUGCCCAGGAGACCACUGCACAGGAGUCCCAAGUCGCCGCUGUCAGCGGUUGAAUGUGCUGACUUGCCAUGUUAGGAUCGAUGCUUUCCCAAGUUGCGGUCGGUUCCUGAGCUGUGAGCCGGAGCAACAGUUGUCCCCUACAGAAGCAAAGUUGAGGCGGCGCCUUCCGCUGCUCAAGCGCUCAAGUUGGGUUUUGUAUGUGUUGCGACUUUUGCUAGAAGAGCCGAUUGGUUCUCGACGCAGAUGAGCAGUUGUGCAAGAAGGCAUGCUGACUGGAGCACGCCAUGUGCCUCAGCUUGUGCCCUUCCAGCCUUGCCGUUUGCAUGCAACCGCACCUUGAAAUUUAGUUCAAGUUAUUUGCGUGGCCUGUCUUUCAUGUGGCUUGGGCACAGGUCACCGUAAGUACGACCAAGGAUGCUUCGACGCAUGAGCCUGCCUGUUGUCAUUCAGGUAGCCGAGGAUUCGUGGCGUACAGGAGUGGGAGAUAAUCAGAAGCGGCCAAACAGCGGCAUUGCGUCAGAUCAUUUUUUUUUGCAGCACACAGGAGCCAAAGGCUAUGUUUUCACUUGUGUUGCCCUGGCAACGCCGGAUCAUGUGCGCAAACUGUUUAUCCUGAUGUGCUUUCAAUGUCCCAUGGCUGUUGCUUCCAACGCAUGGCUCCCUCCCGUCUCUUCAGCGCUUGUGCCACUUUGCGUUCGCAGGCGAUUUGGCUUUGUCGCGCGUGAAUGCCCAAAGUGCCCGCUACAUGUCAAGGCGCUGUCUGAGCUGUCAGCUCGAGCAGUGGUUCACCACUGCGCAGUGCGGGCACGUGACCUGUAACAAGCAGCGACGAAUGCCAACUGGCACAAUGUGCUUGGCGAUAGUGGGUAUCCGGCCUGCGCAUCACGUGCGCUAGAGCAUUUAGCUUUCGUAUGUCCUCAAUGCGGCUUGCAGGUGGCUGUUUGCGACGGGUCUUCAUGUUGGGUCAUGUCUGGUGUGACACUUGAGUGGCGGUUGCCUUCCUGGGCUCAAGCAAACAUGGCUAGAGGUACCACCGGUGGACAUAGGGACAAACAAACUCCUGCCCUUCCGGCCUUUCCAUCAGCGUGCAACCGCACCACGGCAUAUAGAACAUAUUGUUUGUCGCCAUAAGCACGGCGAAGGACGCUGCGACACGUGAGCCUGCCUGUUUUGAAACAUUUCACAGCACGCGCGGUCUGGACGAUCAAUCAGCCCAACAUUAUUUCUUUUCUCGCGCCUUUUCCGCCAGCAUCCCAACUUGUAGGCACUCAGCUUGCCCACUCGCGAUAGCAUGACAUAGAGCGGAAGUCCGUCCAAAUCCUUCACCCAAGCAGGCUGCAUCAGCAACAUUUUACAGGCCACGUCGGUGCAGUCUGAGUCAACCCAAUUUCGCAGUGUCCAGUGGCACCUGUAUGGGACAGCAUUGGCUGACCGCACGAACAUCGUUGCAAAGCACUGUGAGAAUCUAAGCCCAACAAAUGCUUAACUUGAAUCAUUUUGGCUGGAAACCUGCUUCUGCACCAUGUUGCGUUUCUGCUUGGGCAGCACUUCGCAUUGAAUUUGGAACGUCCAGACUGGAGCCAGUUGGCAUCCGAGAACUUGAAUCGGCCACAGAUCCAGUCAGAGAUGGCGUGCCUUUGGACCAGUGUUUGGUGGCUGCAGCAAGUUGUGGCAGGGCAGCUUGAAACUGUUCGGCAAUGGCAGCUUUCUAAUGCGCGGGUGCUUGCCAGGUUCGUGCGCGGCCGGCCGAUGACUUCACUCUGGCCAGGCCAAAUGCCAUCUUGUGCAAGGCCUAAUCCCGAUGCGGUGUACAGAACAGAAACAGCAAAAUUUCACCGCAGGGCUGGGCAACUUCUGGAAGUUGCAGGAAUGGAAGCAUAACUGCUCGCCCUUUACAUUUGCCGUGCCAAACAAAGUGUAAACGGCACGUGCGAGCGCCCCCCUCUAGGUACGGUAGGGGGAAUUCGCUGUACUGGAGCGAAUCGGCGAAAGAUUCCAAUCUUUUCCGGGCAACACCGUCGGAGGUUGAUGCGAGUCUUUGCAAUUGCAGGGGCGUGUGGAGAGCUGUGUGAGCGUUCCCGCCACGUCGCGAAAUGUUUGCAGCCAACAGGCCCUGAUGCCCAGGGCCGCGGCAUGCGGGCUAUUCUGACAAGCUCGGAAUUUUCAGAGCACGAUGCAAUUCUUGAACAGUUGUCCGCGCUUUCCACUCGAGUCUCUCGAGGCAGAUGGGACAUUUCACCCUAGUUCUCUGAGCGUGGCAGC